GAGAGCUAGAGACAAAAAAAAAAGAUGGAUUCGGGACUAUCAUGGGCUGAUCAAUGGGAUUACAACUCUGACCCUCCUCCAAAUUCAAAUAACGAAGAUGAUAAGAAGAAAAAGAAGAAGGAAGAUGGAAGCAAAAGCGGUAUCGGCAAGGCCAUACUUGGCUUCAAAUGGAUGAAACUUCGCAAGAAAUCUGAUAAGUAAUCUAUAUAGGGUUUUAGUUAUUACGUACAAAAAGGUUUGUAUUUGUUGAUUCAUUUGUUCCUUAAUUAUGAUUAAUCCAUCAAGUACUUCUGCUUCUCUCUUCUCUUG